UUAUUCUCCGUGGAGGAUCUCGACAAAUCCUACGAAGGAUAUCUUCGUCGGGCGUUCACAUUUUUUACAGAGAGGUUCGACAACGUCAUUUUUGUCGUCACGUCGGAUGACGUCGUCGCCACAACUAAAAUGACGAAAAAACUUACUUUUCCUAACACUUUUGUGUCGCAAGGGUCGGCGGCGGAGGACAUGCAUUUGUUGACCCUCUGCAACCACACCAUCAUCACGUUUGGGUCAUACGGGUUCUGGGCAGG